UACAACUUUUCCGAUAAACACUCAUCAUUUUAUAUUUCUUACAAAAUGAAUUGACAUAUAUAUAUAAAGUUAUUAUUGUUCGUUAAUUCACGCAUUACACAAAUCCAUAUAAAAUUUGGGACGUUUAAAAAAUUAUCUAAUUUUGAUUAACAAUUAAACAUAAGGGAUAAAAUAGCAUAAAAGUUAAAAAUAUAUAUCUUUAAAUAUCCUGGAUAGUAAAUGAACAAUUACAAUUGGACAAUCUAUAAAAAUAGAGAGGGAGAAACGGCCAAUGUAUCGAAAUAAUUGUUAUGGAUUAAUAUUAAAAAUAAAAUGAGAAGCAAACAUUUACGUUCAAAGAUAAUUUAAAUGCAUGUUUAAUAUAAUUAAGCUAUUGUAAAUAUAAAAUAUGAGAGUAUUUCCUCAAACUAUUUUAAGGUUUUGUCCAUUCGUUGCUCUGCUGUAUACCUUGGUCGAUAUCGUUUUAACAACAUAUAUUAAUGAAAAGAUAACUCCAGUUUUCAUAUUUUUUUGUAUUCAAGUAUAUUUAAAUUGGUAUUCGGUAUACAGUAUAAGUUGUAAGGCAACAACUAUGGAAAUUACAGAAAUGGCGAAAAGAGGAUUAUAUAAUAAGGUAGAAAAUAAUGCAGAAUAUAAAUAUUGGUACUGCGGAAAGUGUAUAAAUUAUACAUGCAAACCAGCACACCAUUGCAUUUAUUGUAAAAAGUGUUUUCAUUUUAGAGAUCAUCAUUGUUUUUUCUUAGGUGCUUGCAUACUACGACAAAAUAUAGGCAAUUUUAUUUUAUUUUGUUUUUAUACAUCAUUGACAUGUAUAUAUUCAUUAUGCAUUCUUGGGCCUUACUUAUAUGAAUAUAUUAAUCGUGUAAUAAGAACCGAUGUAGACUCUUUUAACAUAUUUUUAAACUUUUGCUUUCCUAUUGCUCUUAUCAAAUUAUUUCAUUCUAGAGAACCUACUUACAUACUACUAGUAACAAUGUUUGAUAUAUUAGUUACUAUUUUAUGUAUGUGCUUGGUAUUUGGAACUUGGAAAUUGCACAGUUGUAUUACAGGUAAACAACGGUAUGCAAACAUAUCAGGAAAACAAAGUUUAAGAGAAAUUUUUGGUAGUUAUGGUUUUUCAAACAUUAUUUUUCCAUACAAUGGUCUCAUAGGAACUAGAGAUCUCAACGGAGAGUAUGAAUUAAAACACGUAUAAAUGUGUUUCUAGAACUUGUACGUGUAGAAAUGAUAAAAAAUGGAAACGGAAGAACUUUACUUAUAUAAUAAUGACAAACAUAAAUUACUAAAUUAAAUAUACAAGACAUACGUGUAUAUACAAUGUUAUGUAUAAAAAUUAUGCAUAAGAAACUAACUACACAUUUUCCAAUUACUGCAAACUGUAGUAUAUUGUAAUAAAUACCGCAUGUAUUUAAUACGUUUGCAUAAAUAAAAUCAUAUUGCACUGCACUCUUCAUAUAAAUUUUCAGAACGACUUCAAAGACAUCUAUAAAUAUAUGUUAUAUUAUGAAACAACAGUUUCACUUGGCUUUUAUCUAACACAUAAAAAUAAUAAAUAACUGUAUUUGGCUUUCUAAAAUUGUUCUUACAGAUUAUUGUAAUAGAAAAGUCAUUUUCCUA